AUGGGGUCGACCGAAGUGGAAAGAGUUGCAGCCGUCAAAGACCUGGGAAUCGUGCUCGACAACAAGCUAAAAUUUACGCAGCAUAUUGCAACGGUCACCGCUAAGGCUUUCAUCGUUCUCGGGUUCAUUAGACGCCACACUCAGUAUAUUGGAAUAGUUUCGUACAACAUGGAGGCCGUAGUUGAGGAAGAGCUGAAGCGGCUUGAAGAUUUAGGCAUUAUCACACCAGUGACCUAUGCAGACUGGGCAGCUCCCAUCGUAGUGGUCCACAAGCCUGAUCGGUCAGUGCGCAUUUGUGCGGAUUUUUCUACUGGGUUAAAAAGCGCACUUCAAGCGAACAGCUAUCCACUUCCACUCCCGGAAAACAUAUUCAAACGUAUGGCGAAUUGUACGAUGUUUAGUCACAUCGAUUUGUCAGAUGCUUAUCUGCAAUUGGAGAUCGAUGAGGAAAGCAGGAAUUUCGUUACCAUUAACACCCACAAAGGGCUGUACCGUUUCAACAGUAUUUCUCCCGGUAUAAAGUGUGCACCCGGUGCUUUCCAGCAGAUUAUGGAUGCCAUGCUCAGUGGAAUUCCUUGUACAUCUCCGUACCUCGACGAUAUCCUUGUCGGUGGCCGCACCGCCGAGGAGCACAAGCAGAACCUGUACCGUGUCUUGCAACGUCUACAAGAGUAUGGAUUCACGGUAAAAUUCGACAAGUGCAAAUUCUUCAUGCAUCAAGUAAAGUACUUGGGCCAGCUGUUGGACACCGAAGGCAUUCGUCCGGGCCCGGAUAAGGUGAAGGCAAUCGUAAAUAUGCCUCCCCCUCACGACGUUCCCACACUUCGAUCCUACUUGGGUGCGAUAAAUUAUUAUGGGAAGUACAUCCGAGAUAUGAGUACCCUACGUCAACCGCUGGAUGAGUUGCUCAAAGAGGAGAAGGCAAUUUAUCACGCAUCCCGAAGUCUGACGCCAGCUGAGUCCCGCUACAGCCAGAUCGAGAAGGAAGCUCUUGGUCUGGUUUACGCCGUUACAAAAUAUCACCGAAUGAUCUAUGGGAGACAGUUUGUUAUACAGACCAACCACAAACCGCUCCUAGCGAUUUUUGGGUCAAAGCGUGGGAUUCCUCCGUACACAGUCAACCGCCUUCUGACUAUGCUUCUGUACGACUUCCGCAUCGAAUAUGUUUCCACGGAUCACUUCGGGCAUGCAGACAUCCUUUCUCGUCUAAUCAACUCACACGUCAAGCCAGACGAGGACUACAUAAUCGCGUCGCUAGAAGUCGAAAGUGUCAUCUGCAACAUUGUCUGCCACUCUAUCGAAUAUUUUCCCAUCUCUUACAAAACGAUAGCGAACGAUACCUGUGAGGAUCAGACUCUGCAGAAGGUCAUGGAGUUUGUGCAAAAGGGUUCGCAAUCUGAAGCUAAGUCUCUCUCCGGAACACCGGAGGUCCAGCAGUUCUUCGCUCGUCGAGUUUCGCUGUACGUCGCUCACAAAGUGCUGAUGUACAGUGACCGGAUCGUAGUCCUGAAGAAAUUGCAGCAGAAGGUACUCCAGCAACUCCACACAGGGCACCCAGGCAUCGAUAGAAUGCGUUCACUGGCCCGGAAUUUUGUUUAUUUGCCAAACAUCGAUGAUCAAAUCACCGCGCUAGCUUGUCAGGAGUGUGCCUCGGUCGCAAAAGUAGACACCAAGACGAAACUUGAGUCGUGGCCGACUCUCGAGAAACCGUGGCAGAGAGUUCACGUAGAUUUUGCUGGUCACAUCAACGACACAUACUUUCUACUAGUGGUGGAUUCAUUCUCCAAGAGGCCGGAGAUUAUUCCGACCAAACGCAUCACCACCGCUGCAACAGUGUCGAGUCUACGGAAGACCUUCGGGAGAUUCGGUAUGCCUGCGACGCUCAUCAAGACAGCGACAUACCCCGACCCUUCGUGUAAACCGGACGUGUACGUUAUGGAUGUGGGAACCUUUGGGGCAGCUUGUUCACCUACAUCCGCUCAAUACGUGAAGAAUUUAAGUGCCUCCCAACAUGCGGACCAAUCCCAGACGCAGCAAGAGUUAUAG